CUAUGGAGCUCUGGGUCUGAAUCAUAUGUUAGAUAAUCCCUCUCCGCUGCUUGGCUGAUCCCGCACUGGGAUUCUCGCUGCCUCUCGCUUCCUUUGCGCACAUUCGAGUGGCUCUCUCUUCGCGAGUUCACCAGCCAUGGCGGACUCACCCUUAAACAACUCCUGGCCUUCCUUCUCCAAGCUCUGGAUGAAACGAUGGUCAUUCAAAAGAGGGUCUGAAGGUAAACCAUGUGUUCCUCCUGCAAACCUAGACUCUGGGAUCGACAUCUCCUCGUCCCUGUCUCCCUCAUCCAUCCCAGAAGACGUUUUCUUCAAUAGCUUGACUGAGGAGCAGAGUCCCAGUUCGACAGAGAGCGACUAUGAGAACCCCGGAGAACAAGAAGUGGCGAGCAGCUCUGAAGACCUCCUCGACUUCAACCCGUCUCUGAGAGACUCCGAGUUCUUCAGAGACCUUCAUCCUCCUCCCGACCACACAGCAACAGCACAGACCCACAAGAAAGCACCUCCCACUCCCACCACAGCCCUGUCCAUCGUCAUCACCCCCGUCGGCGAGCACUCUCUCAGUCCCACGCUGCACGUCUACCAGAUAGUGGACCAAGGCGGCUCUGGUCCAGAGCCCCCCGUGACGUCCGCCCUGUGCCAGGCAGCAGCAGCGGCGGCGCCCUGGCACUUCAGCAGCAGUAACAGCAGCAACAUGGAGAACCAGCAUGGAGACUCGGAGCAGCCCACAGUCACCGUUAACACCACGGUGCAGCUGGGGGACCCAGAGGAGCCCCAUCAGUACCUGUCGGACUCGGAUGCAGACAACAUCCCCAUGCUGGUGAGGUCUUUGUCCACCUCGAGGCGACACAGCUGGGACGCGCCUAUCUCCCCCAUUGACCUGGGCAGAAGACUUAGCCUGGACACCACUGCAAUGGACAGCGAUGGGGAGGAAUCAAUUCUGGUCAAGUCCAAAUGCGGCCAGCACUUUGUUUACCCAGAAUGCUCUGAGGACGAGGGACAUGACAAUGACUUUCAACAGGAGAAGUCAGGCGAUGCAGGGAGGAGGCAGAGCGACGUGCCUGACGGCCUGGCAUCAGAUGAGAGGUCCAGGGCAGCACAUGUGUCCCGAAUCCUGGAAACUUCCAGCCAGGCUGCCAAGGCGUCCGGAGAGGAGCAGGACUUAGGGGACCGCCUACAGUCUGAAGAAGGACAAAGCCACCUUACCAAGCACAGGAGCAGGGGCCCAGACGAGAGGGAGUCCAGCAGCAAUGUCACCUGGUUCGAAUUCCUCGCCAAUGAAAAUGAAGAGGAUGAGGACAAGACAGAGAAAUCAGAGAGGGGUGCAAAGGUCAAGAGGACUCUUAGCUCACUGAGGAACCGAAUGACUGGCUCCUUCAACAAAGACAAGGGUAAGACUCGCGAGAAAGACAGAGAGCAGCAGCAGAGAGAGAAAGACAAGGACAGGGAGAAAGAGAGAGAAGAGAAAGAGAGGGAAAAGGUGCGGCGUAGGAGUAGUAGUGGGCACCAGCUGGUCCCCGGCUCUUUCUCCAGCUGGACCACCUGCACACUGUGCAGCAAGACUCUGCAGCAGAGGAAGCAUGGCCUGCAGUGUCAGAACUGUGGUGUGAACGUCCACAAGAGCUGCAAGAGUCUGCUGGCAGAGUGCAGUGGUAAUAAACACAAGUUCAGGGAAUCUGUGAAGAGCAGUGGAUCUGCCCAAACUGCCAUCAAGGACCAUCCGAGCUCCACGACCACAUCCCAUCACCACCACCACCACUACCAGCAGCAGACGUCCCAGUCGCCUCCCCAGUCGUCGCAGCAGCAGUCCUGGGCAGCCGAUGGCUCGUGCCGGCCCCCGCGCCCCACAGGCAUGACCAUCACCCCGCGAGGACCCGCUGCCGCCGCCACCAGCAACUCAUCUCUCAGCCACUGCAACAGCUCAGGAUCUCUUCCAGGAGAGAUGGACGAAGCGGAUGCAGGCCGGCUUAAGCGCCUGGCCGACGACACGGUCUCCCUGGCCCCCUCCACCACCGACUCCAUCAUCGUAGACGAUGCAUAUUACGCCGCAGUGCGUGGGGACCUGGAGGCUGACGCCCAGGACUUUGAGCAGGAGUCGUGGAGUCAGGUUGUGGAUCAGCCCUAUCUCAAGGCACAUUCCAAGGAGACGCUCAAACGACAGGAUGUCAUAUAUGAGCUUAUCCAGACGGAGGUUCACCACGUGCGGACGCUGAAGACUAUGCUGCGCGUCUACCUGCACGAGCUGCGAGACUCCCUGCAGUCUCAGGAGCGCCGCCUCUUCCCUCGCCUCGAAAGCCUAUUGGAGCUGCACGUUCACUUCCUGUCCCGCCUCAAGGAGCGCCGCAGCCAAUCAAUGCAGCCGGGCAGUGAGCGGAACUACACCAUGCGCAGGGUGGGAGACAUCCUCGUGUCGCAGUUCUCUGGGGAGAGUGGGGAGAGGAUGAAGGAGUGCUAUGGAGACUUCUGCAGCCGCCACAGCGAGGCCGUCAGCUUCUACAAGGAGCAGCUGCAGACCAACAAGAAGUUCCAGAGCCAGAUACGGAAAAUCAGCAACCUGUCCAUCGUCCGUCGGCUGGGCAUCCCAGAAUGCAUUCUGUUGGUCACGCAGCGCAUCACCAAGUACCCUGUGCUGGUGGAGCGCAUUCUGCACAACACGGAAGCGGGCUCGGAGGAGCAUGAGGAUCUGACGCGUGCGCUGGGCCUCAUCAAGGAGGUGAUCACGCAGGUGGACACGCAGGUGAACGACUACGAGAAGGCCUCGCGCCUGCGGGACAUCGCCGCCAAGCUGGAGCCCAAGUCGCACGGCAAGAUCAAGGACGGCCGCGUGUUCCGCCGCGAGGACCUGUGCCAGGGACGCCGCAAGCUGCUGCACCACGGCACCGUCAACUGGAAGGCCGCCUCCGGCAGACUCAAAGACAUCUUGGCCGUCCUCUUGACUGAUGUUCUGUUGCUGCUACAAGAGAAAGACCAGCGCCUUGUUUUCUCCACCGUGGACAACAAGCCGUCGGUGAUCUCGCUGCAGAAGCUGAUCGUGCGUGAGGUGGCGCAUGAGGAGAAGGCCAUGUUCCUGAUCUGCGCCUCCUCCAACGAGCCGGAGAUGUACGAGAUCCACACCACCUCCAAAGAGGAGCGCAACGUCUGGAUGACGCACAUCAGACAGGCCGUGGAGAGUUGCCCUACCACAGAGGAGCGGCUCUUCAGCGAGGAAGAGGAGGCCCGGGCUGUGCGGUUCAAGGAGUUCCAUGACCGCCUGAGUGCUAAGGACUCCCAGAUCAGCCAGAUCCUGGGUGAGAAGCUGGAGCUGUUUGCGGACAUGGUGGCCUCGGUGGGUGGUGCGGCCGGGGAGGACCUGGCCUCGCGCUCCCGACUGCUGCUGCGCGGCGACACCUCCAGCCUCCAGCAGGGGGAGCACCUGCUCAAGGGAGCCAUCACCGAAGUGGAGAACCUGCAGAACCUGCUACUGUCCAACGUGAGAGAACAGUCUCCACGCUCAGAGACCAGCCAGCAGGGCUCAGGCGGUGAAGAUCUCCCGUCUCCACGCUCGGAGAGAAGCCAGCAGGGCUCAGGCGGAGGAGAUCUCCCGUCUCCACGCUCGGAGAGAAGCCAGCAGGGCUCAGGCGGAGGAGAUCUCCCGUCUCCACGCUCGGAGAGAAGCCAGCAGGGCUCAGGCGGAGGAGAUCUCCCGUCUCCACGCUCGGAGAGAAGCCAGCAGGGCUCAGGCGGAGGAGAUCUCCCGUCUCCACGGUCCGAGAGUAGCCAGCAGGUCUCAGGAGGCAGCGGAGCUCUCCCUCGCAGGGCCGACACCUUUGGAGGCUACGACAGCAGCCCCAGCGCCCAUCAGAAGAACGGUGGUGUGAAGAAGGCCAACGGGGGCCUGAAGUCCCGGGAGAGGAGUCAGAGGGCCAGCUCAGACCCCCAGAUCAAGGAGCUCGGAGGCACACAGGCCCUGGAGGAGUCGGUUGAUGGGCCCUCUCCUGCCAGCUGGAAUCCAUCUUGGACCCAGUCUUUUCCAGAGGCCGAGCAGUUCCUGGCCAAAGUGCUCCAACUGUCCCAGAAGCUUUACAGUCUACAGGCGAUCGUGGCCCAGCAGGACAGCCACCUGGAGCUGCAGCGCGCCUCCCUGAGCGAGCGCGAGCGCCCCGGCGGCGGGCGGCACCGGCUGGCCAACGUCCUCCUGGAACAGGAGAAGCAGCGGAACCUGGAGAAGCAGCGCGAGGAGCUGGCCUCCUUCCACAAGCUGCAGUCCCAGCACCGGCAGGAGCAGGCGCGCUGGGAGCGGGAGCGCGAGCGCCACCGGCGGCAUGCCGAGGUGGCCGAGGGGCGGCUGCAGCAGCGCGAGGACGAGUGCCGGCGGCUGGAGACCCGGCUGGCGGAGGAGCGCGAGGAGCUGGAGAGGCAGCGGCAGACCUACCAGGAGGACCUGGAGCGUCUGCGGGAGUCCACGCGCACCGUGGAGCGGGAGAAGGAGCGCCUGGAGCACCAGAAGAAGCUCAAGAAGCACAACACGCUGCCGUCGGUUACCAGCGCCUCGGCCAUGUUCACCGGACAGGAGACGGGACAGCAGCACCAGCACAUCCCGCUGUCCACCAGCUUUAAUGGGGAGAUGAUGGUGGAUCCUGUGAUGCAGCCCAAGACCCUGGUGCGCUCCAGCCUCUCCAUCUCCCCCGCCGACUACCCUGAGCGGCCUGAAGUCAAGGUGGCGGUAGUGGGGGCGGGGGCCAAGGGUUCGGAGGUGCCCAUCCACCUGAUCAGCACCACCAACCAGCUGCACAAGCAGGGCAGCGUACAGCAGCAGAUCCCCACCAAGCUGGCAGCACUCAGCAGGGGCAAGGAGAAGAGCAGCAAGGGGAAGAGCUCACACCGCACAGACAGCUCAGCCUCCUUGGACAUGAAGCAGAUGCUGCCUCUGAAGCUGAGUGCUCGUGACGACAGCUCCCUCAGGGCCAAGCGCUCCAUCAGCCCCAUCCACCACAGCCAGAUACACAUCCAGCCCCCAGAGCCUGUGAACCAUCCUCCAGAGUUGCACUACGAGUCCCCUCCACCAGCCCCUCCUCAUCAUCCUCCCCCUCAUCCUCCUCAGCCCCAUCCCCAGCCGGCGCACCUCCUCAUCCCCCACAGCCGGCCCCCCAGCCAGGUGCAGAUCCCUGUGCAGGUCCCCGUGCAGAGCCUGCCACCGCCCCCCUACAAGCCGCUCACCGAGGACAUCAGCAAAGAGGACGUCAUCUUCUUCUGAUCUUCACACCACAGCGCAGCGCAACGCAAUGCAGCCGGACUGACUGAGCCACGCCUCUCGCAUUGCAUGCUGGGAUUGCAUACUGUUCAUAGGGGCAGCAUGCCCCAGGGUAUGGGGUUAUGUGAAGCACACACACAUGCAAACUUAUUUUUCUUUUAUUUGUUUGGUGUUUUUUUUUACUAGUUUUAUUCCUCCUCCAGCUGAAAAAAAGUUGUAUAAAUAAAAUGUUUAAUAAUAUCAAGCACAAAGCAUACAGGUGGAAAAAAGAACAAUUUUAGAUGUAUAUGUUUUUAAAAAAAAAGAGAAAUCAUGCAGAACCCAAAGACAUUUAAAAAAUAGUAGUGAUGGAUGAAACAAUGCAUACAAGGCCAUUCAUACAAGGGUGGGGUGGGGGAAGAGUUGGAGGAGGAGGAGGAGGAGGAUUGUGGUGGGUGAUGAAGGAUGCCGAUCAAACGAGGAAGUUGGUUUGAGUAGAAGGAGAGCCAGAGGACUGUCAGACAUACAGUAGAAGAAUAGUCCCAUUGUGAGAGCAGUCACCUCACACCCAUAAGCCAGACGUUUGGCACACUGUGAUGAAAUAUGAAGUAAAUGGCACAACAACAAGCUGAGAAAUCAGCACCCUGUUUUCUGUCUUUAAUUUUGCUGAAACCUGAACUCUGUGCAGUCACAAAGUUAAACGAAGAUGGUUUUGCUUUGCCAUUUCAAACAAAACAAAAACGAAUUUUAAAAAAACGUGGACAAUGAAGAACACUGGAGUCAAAGAAGGACAUCUGUGAAGAGGUUUUUUUUCUUCUUUAACUUUUUAUUUGAGCACUGUGGACCUUUUUCUUUGCACAAAGAAAAUUCAGUUUUAUCCCUUUCAAUCACGUUGCUGGACAUUGUUCAACAAUGCACUCACCCCUGCGGAGCUUUUGCGGGGUUUUGUUUUCUCGUCAAGGAGUCCAUUUCAGUUAAUUGUGUCUGUCCAUCAAUUAUGUGAACUCUUUAAAUGUGACCUUUGCUGUAAAAUCGAUAACAAAUGCUUCAUGAACACAGAAAUUCUUGUUUACACGACAACUUAUCAUUCAUUAGAAAUCACUGAAGAGUA